AUGAUCGCAUCGCCCACCUCGUCACCGUCGUCUAUGCCUUACUCUACUUCACCCGACUCACGCACAAUCACCUACUCCUCACAAAACAACAACACCGACAACAUGGUCCGCUCAUCCUCAGCCGAGCCCGCAAAGAGCUCUAAGCGAAAGGGCACACGAAGCGUCUCUACCCUCACACCUUCACAACUCGCGCGCAAGAGAGCCAACGACCGAGAGGCUCAAAGGGCUAUCCGGGCGCGAACCAAGGAGCACAUUGACCGCCUGGAGCGCGAGCUGGAGGACCUCAAGAGCAAGCAGAGCCGUGAUCAGACAGUCCAGGAGCUUCUGCGACGGAACCAGGCGCUCGAGGAGGAGCUUAUGCGACUCAAGGAGAACAUGGGCGUCUCAAUGACCUCGUCGCCUUACUCUGCACCUGGUACGGCUCUCUCUGUCUCCAUCCCGACGUCCUCGUCACCACACAACAGCAUUCUGACCAGCCCCUCAGUAUACGAUGAUAACCUCAGCACAGGCAGCGGUGCCAUCCCCAGUCCUCGCGGCUCCCCCUUCCCUUCUGGCGACUACAGCCCUAUCCCCGACUAUGGACAGCAAUAUGUCCCCCUCCCUAACAACUGCGAGUCAUGGGCCAGCACAGUUCCCUGCCCCGUCCCCUCCAACGUCUCAAGCCCUUCCUCAUCUGCCGACGACUACAGCGCCGGCUACAUUCCCACAAGCGUGCCUACCUCGCUGCUGCCCUCAAACAACACAAGCUCUUCCAGCAUCAGCGUGGGCCACGCUCACAAGGAUGUGAUCAAGAUGGAGUAUGAAGAUGUUGACUCUCACGCAGCAGCCCGCCUGGAACAUGUAUCCCGUCUACUACCCCCAGGCUCAGUCCUCGGUCCAUUGAAGGGCCAAACUCAACCGGGCUCAUCCUGGCCGGGAUCUGGGCCCGUUCUCACCACUCCGCCGGCCUGUCGCUUCGAUGAGCUCUUAGUCGGCUUCCUCCAGGACUGCCGUCGCAUGAUCACCGCAGAGUCACUAGCUCACACUCUUGGCCCCCCUCAGAUAGACGUACGCUCACUGUUUCGCGGCCAUGAUAGCCACGGUCAGAUCGCCUGCUCACCUCAUCCCAUCACCGACCUCAUCCGCAGCCUUAUCGACACAGCAGGAAUGACACGACUGACUGAGCGCAUCGCCAUCUUUGCGCCUCUGCAAACCAUGAUCUGUUGGCUCGUGCAGCCUACUCCAGAGAGACGCGCGCGACUAUGUGAAGACUACGUGCCGCGAGAGCGCCAAUUGACAACUCCGCACCCUCAAUGGCUCGAUCUGCUCCUCUGGGGCAGUCUGCGCGAGGCCGCCAUCGAGCGACAGGACCUCUACGCUACAGAUGAGUUUCAACGGGUCUACUUCGACGCGCUGCGCCUUGUCAAUUGGCCUUAUCAGCCGCUAGACGGCCUAGUCACAGAUCCGCAGACGGGCCACGUUGGGCUCACGGAUGCCCUUAUGGCCCAUGCCAUGAACGGUUCAAACUGGCGCCUGGCUGAGACCUUUGCCCAACGAUACCCUGAGCUUUGCGGGCUAGUGGCUCUGGAGUAG